AUGGCACAACACGGCUUCAGUCAGUUUGGAGGAGCCCAGAGCCACGGUGGCAGCGUUGACCCGAACGAUUUGGCCAUGUCGGGAACAUUUGGAGCAUCCUACUCUAACAACUUCAACGGCGGCGGUAACAACGGCGGCGGUAACUUCUUCGACGAUGACGAGCUGCUCGACGGUUUAGGCAGCCCGACCGAUCCGAUGUCCAACCAGGCGGGCAUGCAUAACCAACCCCGAGACUUUAGAGGAAUGAAUGACUUAAACAUGGGUUAUCCCCAGGGGAUGUAUACCUCACAUCAGAGCAACCCUGGUCUGCAAAUGGACCAGUCGCAUAUGAACGGCUACUCCAAUACUCCGGACGGCGAUCCGAUUCAAAGCCCGUUCAUCCACAACAGCUUCAACCAGGCGCAGUUCCGACAAAUGCAACACCCCCAGCAGUUUGGCAACUCCUUGCAGUCUCCCGUAUCCUAUUCUGGCUCUCCUCUGGCAGGCUCCGACUUGAAUAACGACGGCAAUGAUCCCAACUACCUCAACGCCAAAUCCCGCGCUCAGCUAUCUCAGACGAUGCAACGCAAAGCUUCAAACACGAGAAGCCCGUUAACACCCAAAACAGCCGCAGCUAUGUCCACCUUGACCAUGAAUCCACGUGAAUCCCCAGGAUAUGGCACUCAACCGAUUCGAACACCGGGCGGCCAUCAAGAAAAGUCCCCUUCUGGCCAGUGGAUGCAUACGCCCAAUAGCCUGUCGUCGUUUCCUGGAUCUGGGUUCUCGUCACCGCCCAUUCAACACGGUAUGCAGAACCAGCAAAUCGCUGACGUCCUGCUGAAAGGGGGCACAUCAAUGCCAGCCAAACUUAACGGCCCGAGUACUGUUUCGUCCCAGGAAAUGAAGAGAAAGAGGCGUCGCGAGUCCCACAACUUGGUCGAGCGAAGACGCCGGGAUAAUAUCAACGAACGGAUCCAGGACCUCAGCAAACUUGUUCCCACUCACCGGCUCGAAGACGAGAAGAUCCGCAAACUCAUACAGAACGGAACGCCUCUGUCGCCCAGCUUGACAGCAAUCACCAGUCCAACUCAGGCGACAUCGGGCUUGGCUGGUCCAGGUGCGAAGCGAGCUACAGGUGCGGGCAACAUAACCACAGGGCUUCCACUCGACGACAAGGACAAAGGCCCGAAUAAGGGUGACAUACUCAACGGGUCUGUGAGCUGGACUAGAGAUCUCAUGUGGAUGUUGCAUCUCAAGCUUCAACAACAAGAAGAAAUGAUCAACAUCAUUGCCGACCUCGGCGGCAAUGUCCCAUUCGAGCUGACAGACGACGAGAAGCGCAUGCAGACGGAGUUGAUGGAGGCAUUGUCCAAGAAUGGGCCGCAUACGUUUGCGUACACGCGCUUCGCUGGCUCAGGUCUCCGCGUACCUCAGCAUACCGACUACAAAGGAGACUCCUUAAACGGCACGGAGAGUGCUAUGGUCUCUGCCAGCCCUGAUGAUAACGAUGUACUGGACCUCAACGGCGAUAUGGGCGAUGCUGGUCAAUUUUGGAAUGACCCUGACGACGAUGGUAGCGGUCCUGCGUCCAUCAACUUCAAGGAGGAGGAUGAAUACGGUAUGGACCUCGUCCACGACUGA